UACGCCUUCAUUCUGUGUCUUCAUCCUGCAUCUUCGUGAGUAAGGCAUCGACUCGCCUACCCUGGCCGCGCCACCAUGCAGCACACGUUGUGUAGCCUCGUCCAGGCACCUUCGAUGUUAUUCAAACCUGUACUCCGUACAAUAUGUCUCCUAAACACUUUCAUUCACUCGCAAUAAUCUCAAGAGAUGGGUGUCGAUCCAUUUGACAAUUGGUACGAACAGCACCUACGUUCCGGUAGAGAUGUGAACUUCAAACCAGACGACUUCAAUUUUGGACUUCUCAGGUGUGAUGUGGGAUCUGCAGAUAACAUCAGGAAGGAGGAUGUCACAGCCGAAGAACUGCUUCAGUGGACGGCAACUCGUUCUCCACGUCAAACGCCAGGCAUAGACCUAAUAAUCUGCCAAUAUAAAUUCUGCGGCCUCAGGGAUUAUUCCUACACAUCGCUACCCCUGCGAACAUCAGAGAUGAUAGACAUCUUUGGAAAGUUGCACCUUCCCAAGCAAUACCUUCAUCUUCGUGGGAUAGGCGGCGCGCAUUCCGGCGCAUUCACAUCCUUCAUCGAUCGGGACUCUGACGGAAAGGUUUCACAGAUUCAGUUUGUGAUUCGAGUCGGCCAUGGCUCAUCAACGGCGUACUCUUCGAUGUGGUCAUUUGCUCUCAAAUGGGAUGCACAAACUGGCCGAACUGACGGCUUUCUCGAAGGCUUUUCUCCAGCAUCGCUCACUGAAUUCACGGAACACAUCAAGUCUUCUUCAACAUAUCUAGGCCACGGCCUUACUCUUCCAGAGAUACUCGUGCAUAUGAUCACAACACAGCUAAAUGACCGUAUGAGAAUACCGUGCGAGGAGCUGUUCUACGAUGAGGAGCGCCGAACUGACCUCUCUAACUUGUCAUAUCUUGGGUCUAAACGUCCAGCUGCGCUCCAGACGUGGAGCUUGGAUGAAAUUCAGGGAAUAACUACACGAGCAAACAGAUAUAUAACGACAAUGGUAUACCUUAAAAGAAGAUUUCGGUCCACGGCACAGAUCACGCACAGGCUGUUGUCAAUUUUGGAGGAAGUCAGCCGCAUUGAUCGCACAGAUUCCGACGCUUGGACGCAGGAUCAAUUAGAGGACGACCGCAGGAAACAGAGACUACAAAAUCGCGUUGGGGUUCUUGAAGGGUACGAAUACCAAACGGAGUGUAUGCUAAAACGCAUUGAAAAUCUGAACAAUGUGCUGUAUACUGUACUCGCCCAAAUCGAUAGCAGAAAUCAGGGCCGCCUGGCGAAAAUCAAUCUUCAAAUCGCCCAAGCCGUUCGGAAUGACAGCUUGCCAAUGAGAACCAUCGCGUACAUCACCCUGGUACUUCUGCCUGGUGCGUUUGUGGCCGCCAUCUUUGGCAUGAACUUCUUCCAGUUCGAUGAAACGACUCGCGAGCUUACUGUGGCCCGCACCUUCUGGCACUAUUGGGCAAUCACGAUUCCAGUCACAAUCCUCGUGCUCCUGGUGUGGAAUGUGUGGAAUUACAGGGAGAAUAGGAAGGGGAUGGACGUGCAUAAAAGCAUGCAGUAUCUGAGUAAGAAACCCCAGGUUGAUGACAUGGAGACUCUAGACGUGGAUCCUUCUGCCUAUUAUCAACGAUAGGAGAUGACAGCUAUGAUGCGCAUAUGUCACGCCUGGCGAAUGGGAUUGGAUAGCAUUAUAGCUUUAUGUUUGCGGGAUGUAGCGCGACAAGUCUGCAGGUAGAGAUUCUCUUAUAUACAAACGAGAUAAGCUGCAAAUGUUCAGUUCCACUG